AUGCAGGGCGGCGGCGGAGGGAUGGAGGAGACAGCGGCCGCCAAGAACCGCAGCGGCGGUGUUGGUGAGGGCGCCGUCGUGGAGGUGGAGGAGGGGCCUCGGUUCCGGCGGGUGUGCGUGUUCUGCGGGAGCAGCUCUGGGAAGCGCAGCAGCUACCGCGACGCCGCCGUCCAGCUGGGCAGGGAGCUGGUUGCUCGUGGGAUGGAUCUGGUGUACGGCGGGGGCAGCCUGGGGCUCAUGGGGGAGGUCUCCGAGUCCGUCCACAAGGCCGGCGGCCACGUCAUCGGCGUAAUACCCACCGCUCUCAUGGGCAAGGAGAUCACCGGGGAGACGGUGGGGGAGGUGGUGGCGGUGUCGGGGAUGCACGAGCGGAAGGCUGCCAUGGCGCGCAACGCCGACGCCUUCAUCGCGCUGCCCGGCGGCUACGGCACCCUGGACGAGCUGCUCGAGGUCAUCACCUGGGCGCAGCUCGGCAUCCACAGCAAGCCAGUGGGGCUGCUGAACGUGGAGGGGUACUACGACUUCCUGCUGGCCUUCAUCGACAAGGCGGUGGACGACGGCUUCAUCCGGCCCGCCCACCGCCACAUCUUCGUCAGCGCGCCCGACGCCAGGGACCUCGUCCGCAAGCUCGAGGAAUACGUGGCGGUGGAGGAAGACGACCCGGCGGCGCCCAAGCUGCGGUGGGAGAUCGGGCAGGUCGGCUACAACGCCACGCUCCACGCAGGGAUCGCCCGCUGA